AAAGUAUCAUUUUCCAUUUAAGCCAAUAUGCAUCAAAAGAACACUAGCAUCAUUUUCUUAGUUUUUCUUUCAUUUCUUUUAGCUAAUGGCCAACUUAAUUAUUACUAUUAUUAUUCAUCAUGUCCUAACUUACAAAUGAUAGUUAAAUAUGGUGUUUGGGCAGCCAUGAAAAAUGACACCAGGGUGGCUGCGUCUCUUCUUCGUCUUCAUUUCCAUGAUUGUUUUGUUAAUGGUUGUGAUGGCUCUGUGCUUUUGGAUGAUACCGAAACCUUCAAGGGGGAAAAGACUGCAGGCCCGAAUAUUAAUUCGGUUCGUGGGUUUGAAGUUAUAGACAAUAUAAAGGCUGAUGUGGAACGGGCUUGCCCGUCGACCGUUUCAUGUGUUGACAUUUUGACUCUUGCAGCUAGAGAAGCUGUUGUUUUGUCAGGAGGGCCAAACUGGGGCGUUGCACUAGGCCGUCGAGACGGUUUGACAGCAAACCUGAAAGCAGCAAACACGAACCUUCCAUCACCAUUUGAUCCUCUAGAAAAGAUGAUCUCUAAGUUUACAGACGUAGGUCUCAAUCUGAGGGAUGUCGUCGCUCUCUCUGGUGCACACACUAUCGGGCUGGCUCAAUGCUUCACAUUCAAACACCGACUAUUUGACUAUAAAGGGACCGGUAAACCUGACCCGAAUCUUGACUCAUCUCUAGCCUCAAGCUUGAAAACCGCGUGUCCAAAUGUUGCUAAAUCAAACACAAACCUUAACUCCUUAGACAUGGUGAGUACAUACAUGUUUGAUAACGCGUAUUAUAAAAACCUCGUCAACAAUGCUGGAUUACUUGAAUCCGAUCAAGCGCUAAUGAGUGAUCCACAAAGUGCUUCUAUAGUCAAGGGUUAUAGCAUGUACCCGUAUCUUUUUUUUAACGAUUUUGCAACAUCGAUGAUAAAACUCGGUAACAUUGGGGUAAUUACAGGGCUAAAUGGUGAAGUUAGAAAGAAAUGUGGCCAGAUCAAUCAUUAAGUUAAUUGGAUGUGGUGUUGCUAGAUGGUUGAAAAUAAGGGUUUGACUUUGACCUUUGUUGUACUUUGUAUCACUUGUAUGUUAACCAAAAAGUAAUAUAAGGUCUUGAUGUUUUACCCCCGGUAAAGAAAUAUAUUUAGCAUUUAUUAACUA